AUGUGCCAUGAGGUCGUGCCCAUCGUCGCGGUGGCGGCGCCGCCCAAGUGCUUUGUCAUCGACCACCUCUUUGAGCUCCUCAAGACGACGCAGUGGGACGUCGACCCGAAUUUACUCGAAGAGCAUCGUGUCGACGACCACGACGAGUGGGCCGAUGGUCUUGGACGCGCGCACAACCUCGGUGGCACAUGCGCACCGCCUUCGAUUCAGCGCUGCUACACGUCAACACAUUAUUGGUGUAGCCUUGCACAGACGUUUGCUCGGCCACCGCCGUCGCUCCCAUAUCUGCAGGUCCAGCUCAGCACCGCCGCGCGCUUUGACCAGGCUGUGCGCUGGACGCUCGUGCUACGAAGCCUUCCUUCCGAAGAGAAGAAAAAUCUCGGCCUCUCGCGUCAUAAUGUCCCAACGUGA